GCCCCCCUCGCCGUGUCCCUUCGCAGCCGCUCCACCGUCCUGGAGCGGGAGUGGAGGCCCGCGCAGCACGAGGUUGCGUUGCCGGGCUUCGGGGGAGCUAGGCCGUGCUGGUCAGGGCCUCGGCUGCGGGGCCUGGGGCACCGGCUUCCAGGGCGGGUGGAUGCGCUGCUUCCGCCUUCGCGGUGGGCGGUGGUGCUGAGGAGAGGUUUCCGACCGGCUCUGACAGUUUUGAAUCUUGGCGCUGGCGCAAUAAGCAGUUUAGCUGUUGGUUAGCAGAGCAGAAAUUAUGUGAAGCAAAACUCUUUCUGAAUUCUGAAAGACACACCAUUUCACCAUGGGACAGCAAAUUUCGGAUCAGACGCAAUUGGUUAUUAACAAGUUACCAGAAAAAGUAGCAAAACACGUCACCUUGGUUCGAGAAAGUGGCUCCUUAACUUAUGAAGAGUUUCUUGGGAGAGUAGCUGAACUCAAUGAUGUAACUGCUAAGGUAGCUGCUGGCCAGGAAAAACAUCUUCUCUUUGAGGUCCAACCUGGGUCUGAUUCCUCUGCCUUUUGGAAAGUGGUUGUACGGGUGGUCUGUACCAAGAUUAACAAAAGCAGUGGUAUUGUGGAAGCUUCGCGGAUCAUGAAUUUAUACCAGUUUAUUCAGCUUUAUAAAGACAUCACAAGUCAAGCUGCUGGAGUGUUGGCGCAGAGCUCCGCCUCUGAGGAGCCCGAUGGGAGCCUGUCCUCUGUAACGUCUUGUCAGGCUAGUCUGUGGAUGGGCAGGGUGAAGCAGCUGACGGAUGAGGAGGAGUGUUGUAUCUGCAUGGACGGGCGAGCUGACCUCAUCCUGCCCUGUGCUCACAGCUUCUGUCAGAAGUGUAUUGACAAAUGGAGUGAUCGGCACAGGAACUGCCCCAUUUGUCGCCUACAGAUGACUGGAGCAAAUGAGUCGUGGGUGGUGUCAGAUGCACCCACUGAAGAUGACAUGGCCAACUAUAUUCUUAACAUGGCUGAUGAGGCAGGCCAGCCCCACAGGCCGUGACUGAGGAAGACUCUUGUUAUUGUGAGCUGCAAUACCCUGGUUAUAGAGGAGCAGUGAAGGGGUGUGUGGCGCAUACAGGAAGAUCAGUUUUUCCACCCUCUUAUUUUUGCUAUUCUGAUAAUAUGUCCCAUUCUUAAAUAAACUCCCUUCCCAUGUCUUCCAUGUAGGGUGGGCUACACUUUGCUACUGUUUGGCCAUAUUCCCCACUGUCCACCUGUUCUUUGUUGCUCUUGAACCCUUUGCUACAGAUAGCAGCAAUACUUGACACUACUACUUUUCAGGGAGGGGGUGUUCUGCAUCUUCUUAGCUAGGUUUAAAAUGUAGGAUAUUGAAAGUUGUAGCCAUCUGAGCUAAACUACUGGAACUAAUGUCUCAGUGGGGUUGCUACUGCUGGGACCUGAGGUGCACUCCGCCCCCUUGUGGUUCAUUCUGGAUCCUUCACUACUCUGGCCCAGUUGCUUCCUGGUGUCACUGUAACUUCAGCAUGGGUUCUGGCGCUACUCUUGAUCACUGCGGUGCUGCAGCACUCAGAGAAGGACUCUGAGCUUGGGACUUGGUCUUGCAAUGGAAGAAUUUUCACGGCUGUUCUCCGGAUCUGGGGAGGGGUUCACUGGAUUAUCCAUAAUGCCCUGAAGGAAAUCUUUCUUCGUGCAGAUACACUUUUAUAUUUCCAGUUCACUCUGAAUCAUCAAAUCCUGAGCUGGAGUCUUUGUUUUAAGUAAAGGCACCUUUCAGAGGCUUCAGUUUCCUCAAAUCUCUUGGAUUAAAAGAAAAGGAAGAUGAGAUGAAGCUUUUCACCACACAUUAGUAAACCCCUGAAAUCCAGAGAACGAUUGACUUCUUCCCGUUCCUCUGCACUCCUCCGAGAGUCUGGAAAGAGUGUGGUAAUGGGAGCGCAGUGCUGGCCGAUUGCAGCCAUGGCUUAUGAGUAAGACUGUUAACAGUUCAGCCUGUAACAGAAGUAGUGCAUGAAGUCACGCCACCUUUAAGAGCUCUUAGCAGUCCAUAGACAUGUCUCACUGACUGAUUGCAGGUGUUCCUGUUUUUCUAAAUACAAAGGCACACAAUUGAAGUUGCUGCUUAUUGAUUUUUAAUUAAGAACUUAAUGAGAAUACAAAUAAAUCCCUUUCAAAGAAAAAUAUCUGACUUGAUUUACCCCCCCCCCCAAGUACUGCAGACUUCAGUUGUCUACUGACUGUCCCAAUGUGUGAGCAAGUGCAGUGCUGUCCUCUCUCCUAGCUUAGCUGUGUGUGUGCUGGUUUCCCAGCCUGAGACAGCUUUACUCUGCUGUAGAAACUGACUGUAUUUGUGGUUUUCAAACCUUAGCAGUGAAACUUCUUCAAGUAAAGUUUUAGUCUAUAUGCACUGAGUGUAUGCACAAGUUACCCCCAUUCUAUAGAAGCUACAUUUUAUUAAUAUAAGUGUCCUUUUGUAAACUUAGUACAGUGUGGUCACCAUUAAGUCAGGGUAGGAAAAUGUCACGGUGAUUGCUGAUACAGUUUCAUUAGAGUCUAAUGAGUAACAAACUUGUGUGAUGAAAAGCUUUUGUAAAAAUACUACUAAUAGUAUUUCAGGGCUGGGGGUGUGCUCAGCUGGUAGAGUGCUUGCCUAGCGUGCAUGGAGCCUUGGCUUCCAUCCCAGCACUGCAUAGAAACAAGCAGUCCUGGUGCUGUAUUCCAGGAACCCCAGCACUUGGGAGGAGGAAGCAGGAAGAUCAGAAGUUCAGGGAUAUCCUCAACUGCAUAGAGAGUUUAGGGCCAUCCUGGGCUACAUUGGGACCCUGUUUCAAAAACUGUGUGGGUGGCGAGGCUGGAAAAAUGGCCCAUUGGUUAAGAGAAAUUGCUGUUCUUACCGAGGACCUGAGUUCAAUUCCCAGCACCUAUACUGGUUGAGUCACCAACAGCCUAUAACACCAGCUCCAGGGGACCCAUACCUCUUCUGACCCACCCCCACACCCCAGAAGUAAAUCUUUAAAA